AUGCCCCCUGACCGGCCGAUCAGUUGUUACGUCAAUCGCAUGCUUCAGCAUGUGAACGCGAUCGGCUGCUGUCGUAAUUACUCGUUCUGUGCGCCGGAUCUUAACGUCGAGCUGAUACCUCAGUGGGAGGGGGCGAACGACGAAGUGAUCACACCGCACAGCUCCUUCAGCGACGGAUGGCAGAUCGCUCUGGUCGUGUGUUUGCCGCUGACAGGCUUCCUCAUCGUCUGUAUUUUGUAUCUUUUGUUGAAGAAUCAUCUUAACUACAAAAGCAAGGCUCGAGAAGCGCAAUGCGAUCAAAAGGAUCCGUUGAUUGUUGGAGAAGUACAGGGUAUCAAGAGAAUGUUGGACGAGUUGAACGAUCCGAGUAUUGAACCUGCGUCGACUGGAUCUGGUUCAGGACUGCCAUUGUUGGUUCAGAUCACGAUCGCACGUCAGAUUCACUUGCAGAACGUGAUUGGCCGUGGCCGUUUCGGCGAGGUGUGGCUCGGUUCUUGGAAAGGUGAAAACGUGGCGGUGAAGAUCUUUUCUACCGUCGAUGAAAAAUCGUGGUUCCGAGAAGUAGAGAUCUACGAAACAACGAUGCUUAGGCACGAAAAUCUACUCGGCUUCAUUGCAGCCGAUAACAAAGACGCUGGUAUGACAACGCAACUGUGGCUGGUCACUGAGUACCACCAGAGGGGGUCAUUGUAUGAUUUCCUAAAUGUGCACACCGUCGACCUGGCGCUGCUCUGUCGCAUUUGCCGCAGCGUCGCCAACGGCCUCACUUUCCUCCAUACCGAGAUCGGCGGAACUCAUUGUAAGAUCGACAUUCACUGCUAUCAUUUGCUGGUUCUAAUGGUCCCCGCCAUCGCUCACCGUGACCUAAAAAGCAAAAAUGUGUUGAUCAAAGACGACGGUUCAUGUUGCAUAGCCGAUCUUGGACUGGCAGUUCGAUACUACUCAUCUACAGGCACGAUCGAUAUUCCGGAUAACAACAAAGUCGGCACAAAGGUAUGCAUACAAAAGGGUGUAAAAAAUUACUCUCGUCAUUUUACGGCGUUAUUCAUUGUUUUGUAAUC